GGUAUAAAGUGAGGAUAAUAAACCUACUGUGAUCUGCAUGGAAGAGGAUGAAGGAGGGUAUCAAAUCACACACUGGAUGAAGUGUGACUCACCAGGUUCCAAAGACACCACACAGGCCCUGCAGGAGCCCGGGCUGAGGCUCAUCCUGGUGGGGAAGACAGGGGCUGGGAAGAGCGCUACCAGGAACAGCAUCCUGGGCCACAGGUGCUUCAUCUCCAGACUCAUAGCCACUUCGGUGACCAGAAACUGCGAGGUGGGGAGUCGCAGGAGGGACAGGUGGCACGUAGAAGUCAUGGACACCCCGGACCUUUUUAGCUCCCGAGUCCCCUGGGCAGACCCAGGAAGCCAGGAGCAGGCCUGCUGAUACUUGCUGUCCAUGCCUGGGCCCCACACACUGUUCCUGGUGACUCAGCUGCACUGCUUCACUACACAGGACCAGCAGGCCAUGAUCAGGGACAAGUGGUGGUGCUGUACCAUCAUACUGUUCACCCGUAAAGAGGACCUAGAUCGGGACUCUCCACAGGAUUUCCUGAACCACACUGACAGCCUUGCACUGUGGGCUCUGGUGUCCGAGUGCGGGUGCACCUUGGACAACUGGGUGGCGGGCAGCGACCUCGAGGCCCAGGUGCAGGAGCUGCUGGUGCUGGUGGAGUGACUGGUGCUGGACCACUCGGGUGCCCCCUACUCCAACAACGUGUACCACCAGGCACAGUCGCUGGAUUUCUGGAGCCCACAGGUGGCAGCGAAGCUGGUGGGCUGCGUGUGGGGGCAAUGA